CCUCCACUGGGCGUGACUUUCUGAAAAUCUUGAACACUCGCUUGUGCUUGUUGUUAUCUCCUCAUUACAUGCCAUAUCUCUCAUUGGACUCUGGUAUUUCAUUUGUGCGAUGAUGAUAAUAAGCGCUCUUUCACUUUUAAAGUGACCUUCGCAAAACCUGGACAUAUCGCGUGAAGUGCUUUGUAAACCGGACCACUCUUCUCUGUUUUUCACUCAGAGGCUCUUUUGAUAAUGUUGGAGUAUUUAUUGACGAUCUUUCUGGGCUUUAUCUCCGUUCUGCUGUUGUGCGUGUUCUGCGGACGGAGGCGGAAGGACUGUGAACCCCCACUGAUUAAAGGCUGGAUUCCAUUCCUGGGAAAAGCUCUAGAAUUCAGAAAAAACUCUCAACAGUUCCUUACACAACUACAGCAGGAACAUGGAGAUGUUUUUACGGUGCUUAUUGCAGGGAGAUACAUAACAUUUAUAAUGAACCCUCUCCUGUACCCGUCUGUGAUCAAACAUGGGAAACAGUUGGAUUUCCACACAUUUGCAGACAGCGCAGCAUCCAGGACGUUCGAUUACCCAUCAGUACAGAGCGGCCAGUUCCCUGGAAUGAGUGACAGCCUCCAGAGGUGCUACACUCUGCUGCAGGGUCCUGCCCUCGACCCACUCACGUUCAGCAUGAUGGGAAACCUGCAGCAGGUCCUGCGACGCCGUUUUCUGUCCAGUGAAGAGUCUGGGCCUGAUGCCGAUUGGAAAGAGGCAGAUCUAUAUGAGUUCUGUAAAUGCGUAAUGUUUCAGACCACGUUUAACACGCUAUACGGACAUUCGUCAAAUCUGCGUCUGGAUCAGCUGCGAGAGGAUUUUGAGAAGUUUGAUGCCUCUUUCCCUUUACUAAUAGCCCAUGUGCCCAUUGGCUUGCUGGGGAAAACCAAAGAAAUUAGAAAGAAGCUGACAAGAUUUUUUUACCCUCAAAAAAUGGCAGAAUGGGAGGCUCCAAGUGAGUUCAUACAGAGCCGAACAGCCCUGUUUCAGCAGUAUGAUACGCUUCAGGACAGAGAUAAAGCAGCACAUCAUUUUGCCAUGCUGUGGGCAUCAGUGGGAAACACUAUCCCAGCGGCCUUCUGGUGUCUUUACUACCUCAUCUCCUGCCCAGAAGCUCUUGCAGCAGUACGAGCAGAGAUUGUGAAUGUGGUUGGAGAGGAGAACAUGCAGUUGAUCUUCAAAGAGGACAUCACAAUUACACGACAACAGCUAGAACAGAUGGUUUACCUGGAAAGUUCAGUAAAUGAGAGUUUACGUCUCUCCUCUGUAUCGAUGAACAUCCGUGUUGUUCAGGAAGAUUUCUGUUUGCGUCUGGAUGCCCAGAAUUCAAUCAGCCUGAGGAAAGAUGACAUCAUUGCUCUUUACCCACAAAGCACACACCUUGACCCAGAAAUAUAUGAACAGCCUCAGCGCUUCCAAUUUGACCGUUACGUGGAAGACGGGAAGGAGAAAACAGAUUUUUAUAAAUGUGGCCAGAAGGUUCGGUACUAUCGUAUGCCUUUUGGCUCGGGAGCCACACAGUGUCCGGGGCGCUUUUUUGCGAUGAAUGAGAUGAAGCAGUUUGUGUGUGUCACCCUGCUCAUGUGUGAAAUGCAGUUGCUGGACAACCAGCAGGAGGCGAUGCUAGACAACAGCCGUGCUGGUCUGGGCAUCAUGCCACCGGCCAAUCUAAUCACUUUCAGAUACAGAACCAGAAAGCCACAAGACAGAGCAGAGAGGGAGGAAUGAACUAAAUGAAUACAGAAUGAAUGUAGUCUGUUCUUUUCAUUGGUAUUUUACUUUCAUUUUCCACAGGGUUCACUCAAAGAUUUUGUAAAUAACGCAAGCUGCAGUAUUCACACACAACACUGCCAUGGAAAAUCUCACGUUUGAGUUAACUAAGCAUACAGUAUACAUUGCAAUUUGAAUCAGGGUUUGAUGCGCUACAGUGAACAGCCGUCUAUGUAUAGGCUACUAUUGCAUGAAAUAAGGGCAGCUUUUUAAACGUCUUACCUCUCAAAAUUCAGUGUAUCUUCUCACUGGGUGUAAAUAAUGCAUCAUAAAGUGCUGUCACAUGCCAAUCAUAUGGAUUUCAUGCACUGCAGCUCAUUACCCAGACUAACUACUAACACUGUUGAACAUUAAAAUGUAAAUGUUUUACUUUCAUUAAAAAUAUAUAUAAAAUUUGAUCAGAAUUAAUCAACAGUCAUGAAAUGUAUAUGGAAUAAAAAAAAAAAUGGCAUUCACAA